AAAACAAAAGAGUUUGAGAGCUGGAAGGGGCUGGGCUCUAUUGGGGGCGACGGAGAGCCGCUGGGGGGCUUGGUGCUGGGAACCUAGACGGGGGGGCGUCUGGACUGUGAGUGUCUAGAGACUCUGGAUCCGAAGCGGGUGGGGUGGGGGCAGAGAUCCCGCAACCCCCCCGCCCCCCCGCUACCCUUACCUUCACCCCCAGAGAGGGGAGGAAAGCUGCUCUCUUGAAUUUGCUACAACUCCCCCCACCCCCCCAGGGGGCUGGGGGAGAGGGGAGUCGGAUUACAGGGUGUUUGGGGAGGGGGGCGCAGGGGGAGGGUCUAUCUUUCUAUCUUGCUUUCUUCACCCCCUCCCCAGUUCUUUGUUCCCCCCUCCCCACACCACACACCCCCUCCUCUCCCUUCCCCUCCCCUUCCACCUCUCUCCCCCUCUCUUUCUCUCUCUCUCUCUCUCUCUCUCUCUCUCUCUCUCUCUCUCUCUCUCUCUCUCUCUCUCUCUCCCUCUCUUUCUCUCUCUCCUCUCUCCUUCUCUUCCUCUCUCUCUCCCUUAUCCCCUCCCUCUCUCCCCCUCUCUCUCCCUCUCUCCCUCUCUCUCAGCUUUUGUUUCGCCAUGCCUAGUCUAGUGGUAUCUGGAAUAAUGGAAAGAAAUGGGGGAUUUGGGGAACUGGGAUGUUUCGGAGGGAGCGCGAAGGACCGGGGUCUUCUGGAAGAUGAGCGGGCCCUCCAGCUCGCCCUGGAUCAACUCUGCCUCCUUGGUUUGGGGGAGCCCCCCGCCCCCACGGCGGGCGAGGACGGGGGAGGUGGGGGGGGCAACGCCCCCGCCCCGCCAACUGCACCCCCUCAGCCUGCCCCGCCGCCGCCACCCCCGGCGCCCCCGGCAGCCCCGCCGGCGGCCCCCCCGGCACAGCCGCCCCAGCCACCGGCGGCCCCCAAAGGGGCAGGCGAUGCCAAGCUCUGCGCCCUGUACAAAGAGGCCGAGCUGCGGCUCAAGAGUAGCAGCAACACGACGGAGUGUGUCCCCGUGCCCACAUCGGAACACGUGGCGGAGAUCGUGGGCAGACAAGGCUGCAAGAUCAAGGCCCUUCGAGCAAAGACCAACACUUACAUCAAGACACCUGUACGGGGUGAAGAGCCAGUAUUUAUGGUGACAGGACGCCGGGAGGAUGUAGCCACUGCCCGACGGGAGAUCAUCUCAGCAGCUGAGCACUUCUCCAUGAUCCGGGCUUCUCGAAACAAAUCAGGGGCUGCCUUUGGAGUAGCACCAGCCCUCCCUGGCCAGGUCACCAUUCGGGUUCGAGUACCAUAUCGUGUAGUGGGAUUAGUGGUAGGGCCAAAAGGGGCCACCAUCAAGCGAAUCCAGCAGCAGACCAACACCUACAUCAUCACACCUAGCCGGGACCGAGACCCUGUCUUUGAAAUCACUGGUGCACCAGGCAAUGUGGAACGAGCACGAGAAGAGAUUGAGACCCAUAUUGCUGUUCGCACUGGCAAGAUUCUUGAGUAUAAUAAUGAGAAUGAUUUUCUGUCAGGUAGCCCUGACCCUGCUCUGGAGAGCCGCUAUUCUGAGGCCUGGAGAGUCCAUCCACCAGGAUGCAAGCCCCUCUCCACCUUCCGGCAGAACAGCCUUGGUUGUAUUGGAGAAUGCGGUGUUGAAUCGGGAUUUGAGGCACCACGACUUGGGGAACAGGGGGGUGACUUUAGCUAUGGUGGCUACCUGUUCCCUGGCUAUGGGGUUGGUAAGCAGGAUGUAUACUAUAGUGUGGCAGAGACUAGUCCUCCACUCUGGGCUGGCCAGGAGAAUGCCACCCCCACCUCCGUCCUUUUUUCCUCUGCUUCCUCAUCUUCAUCUUCUUCAGCCAAGGCCCGGGCUGGUCCCCCGGGGUCACACCGUUCACCAGCCCCAGCAUCAGCAUCAUCAGCUGUCCCAGAGUUAGCUGGGCUUCCAAGGCGACCACCUGGGGAGCCCCUCCAGGGCUUCUCCAAACUUGGGGGUGGUGGGCUGAGAAGCCCAGCUGGAGCAGGAGGUGGGCGGGACUGUAUGGUGUGCUUUGAGAGUGAGGUCACAGCAGCCCUAGUCCCUUGUGGACACAACCUAUUCUGCAUGGAGUGUGCUGUACGAAUCUGCGAGAGAACUGAUCCCGAGUGUCCUGUUUGCCACAUCACAGCCACACAAGCCAUCCGAAUAUUCUCCUAAACACCCCUCCCCUGUUUUGGCUUCCCUCCCGACUUUGGACUGAGUUUUCCACCAGGGUCCUUUAGAAAUUUGCAAUCUUGUCGGGGUACGGUGUUUAAAGAUCCCUGCUUUGGGAUUUGGGAGGAGGAACUCCUACAGGAGCAGAAUAGGACGUGGGUCUUUAUGCCCUCCCAAUGGCCCCAUCUUGGGGAGGUGAGGGAGGGGCAGAUUGGGAACGAGGGAAGUUCCUUUUGAGAGUUACAACUCUGAUACCUCAACAGACCCUCAUAUCUGGAAGCAGCUAAGAGAAACUUUUUAUAUUUUGCAAGGGGCAAGAGUUUUCGCCCUAUUUCAUCACUCCAACCCCUCCCUUCACUAAACCACCCUUUCCCUUUCCUUGGUGAUUGUUGGGAAGACAGGGAAUGAGAAGUAAAGGCACCAUCUGAAUCUGGAAGGGUGACUAAACCUCCAGAGGCCAGAAUGCUUUAGUUCCCUGAACCCAUCAUGCCCAACCUCCAACCUUUUAAUCUAUCCUAACCCUUGUUACCUUUUCCUACCCCUUUCUCGAAGAAGAAACACAUAUAUUUAGGGAAUCUCCAUUCCUGGGCUUUCCCUGUAGUCCUAUGCCAUACUACUUUGGAUGAACUUUGUUUUGGAGUAGGACAGAAGGGGAAACUAUUUCUCCCCUCUUCUUCUCUCCACUACAGUAUUGUUUAGAGGAUUGUUGGGGAGAGAAGAAUAAUGAGGGGCUAGGGUUUGGGAAUGAAGGUAUCCCCUACAAUAAGCACUGGGUUAGAGGAACAAGUGGGGAUGUACUUUGUCUUUUAGCUCUGACUUUCAUAUAUCUGUCCUUUUCUCUCUAGUCUCUAUACCUCCUCUGUUUCUCCUUCCUCUCUUCAUUCUGUCCUAUUUCGAUAUGUCCUGUCACUGUGUUUCCUCUGACUCACCUUUCUCUCCUAUCUCUUUCAUCCCCUUUCCUUCUACCUCCUCUCCUCUUUUUUCUCCUUUCCUCUCCCCACUCCUUUCUUCCUCUUUUCUCUAGUUAAGCUCAACAUUUGGGAAGCCAUGUUCCUCUGGAGGAAGUUGCGGGGUGGAGGGGGUAUGCCUCAAUGACCCUUUUCAUAUUCACAUUCAUAUUUACUCCAUCUCACCAACUUCUUUCCCACCCCCAUCUUUGCCACCACUCAUAGCUUCUGCUUCCUUCCCCCACCACAAAGGAAACAUUCCGAAUGCCCAAGAGAAACUAACCUCGCUCUUUUUGACAUUACCAGACAUCUGAGGGACAUUAGGGGGAGGUGCCUCCACUCCUUGUCCAUUUUUUGGCAUGAAAUUUGUGUAUCUAAUGUGGGGGGCAUUCAUCUAAGAGGGAUGAUUGGUUGACUGUGGCCUGGGUGGGAGAAGGAAUGAAAGCUGAUGCCCCCACAGUUGGGGAUCCUAAUUCUCCUAUGACCUGGUCGGGGUAGGAAACUGUGUGAAAGGAGAUGAGUGAUAGCCCUACCCAGUUGUGGGGAUCAGUGUGCCCCUGCCAUUUUUCUAUCUUCAUUCAUUGUGCUGAGUUCAAAGCCCCUCAUCCAAUAGUUUGGGUGUGGGAAGAUGACUUGAAGAGGGGGCCACAUAGGAUUGGUUGGGGAGGUGAUCUCUCAUUAGGAGGUGUUCUGAGGGUUAUCUGGUUGGGGGGGAGGAUUUGUUACAUCAUGUUUCCCCCUCCCUCACUGCCCACAUCAGGGCUGCUAUUGACCUCUUGACACUCCCCUGGUUCUGCUGGCCAGGCUAGGGAAGGGACAGGAGAGUGAGAGUCCUAGGUGAACCCAGGGACCCUUGUAUAUAAUGGGGUAGGACUAUUGAGUGAUCUCUAAGCACUUAGAGAGAAUGUGAAUCCCAUUCUUCCUGUUUUGUGAGGAGGUGGAGAGAGGGAGACUGGAAGAAAUUCCUUUCUCCUCAUCCCUUUAUCAUGAAUUAAUUAAUCUUCCUCCCCUCCCCUUUCUUUUCCCAAAUCAGGAAAGAGAAAGGAAUAAGAUAUAUAUAUAUAUAAAAAUCCAUACUGUGAUAACUUCCAUCCUUCUCAUUGUCAUGAGCCAUCCCGAGAUGCGUCUGUACAAUAGCAACCAAAACCAAAUUGGGACCCUCGGUUGUCGGGGGUGGGGUUUGGGAGGGGGGUGGGAAGAAGGGCUGUCUGUCUCUACCCCUUACCCCACUUCCAUUCUUUAUCCCAUAAAGGCAAAAGACUGUUACUCUAGAGAGCUCAAACAACCCAAUCCAGUCCCCCUACUUCUCGAGCUAAACCUAGAAACAAACCUAAACACAGAGCAAGAGACAAAACAGAAGAGAGAGGAGGGAGAGCAAUCGAGAGAGGUGUCCAAUACAGAGGAGAAAACAAAAAUAGCAAAAAAAAGCAGUUCUUUAUAAUUUAAUAUUCUAUUUUAAUAAAGGCGUUUAUUACCAUAUAAAUGUAGCAAAGAACCUGGGCUAAUAUGGAAAAAAAGACUUUUUAUUAGGUAAUUUAUUAUAUGAGAAGGAUAUUUUAUUUUAUGAUAAAGUGAUCCUUAAAAAAAUAAAAAAACUUUAGAAGGUUUAGAAUAUAUGUAGGGAGAGAAGAAGAAAAAUAAUACAUUUGUAUUCAGAGUUAAAGCUUAAAAAGUGUUUUUAAUAUAUGUUUGGGUUUAUGUUCCUUUUUCUUUUCCCCAUUUUUUUCAAGGGGUGGGGUAUAUCAUUUGGUUUUCCAGAGGGUAUUUCAGAGGUGUUUAAAGCAGGCCUGACCCCUCCCAGAAAGUGGGAGAGAGGAGGCAGGGGAGAGAGUUUAGGUUGAGGAGUUAAUCCCCUCUCCUUGGCAAUUUUUCUGGGAGAGUCACUAAUAGGUGCUGGUGAUUAUUUCAUUCAGUGGACUCUCCUAACCCCAUACCUCCCACCCCCCAACCCCCAUUGGGGCUAGCCAGGCUGAGCCAGACAAAAUAGGGGAUGAACAAGAAAUGGAGAAUGAGAAGACGGGGGAACUUUCCAAGUGUACCCCCCACUCUGAUCAGGGGGUUAUAGAACAAUGCAGGAAAGGAGGCAAUCCCAGCUUGGGGGGGGGUGCCCUGAAUGAGGGAAAAGGGUGAGAAGAUUCAAGAGAAAUAGACUUUUUUUUUUUAACCAAAAAACAAAGAGAGAAGAAAGAGAAGCCGAGGGGUUUAAAAGAAAAAAAUUACUACAAAAUAAUAAUUAUUAAUAAUAAUUCAAAUUUAUUUCAUAUAAUCCUAGAAAAAGAGAGAGAGAGAGAGAAUUACUAGUUACUGAGUAGAUGAUAUACAGAUAGCUUAAAGUUUAGUAGCAUUGAGGACCUCUGGGUCCAGUAGAAUGUAUAAAAGACGUAAAGAAAAGGAAAAUAGAGGAGGGAGAGGUGGCCAUGUCUAUCCUGAGGUCCUCCCAUCUUCAGAUACCCAGUUGGGGGGGGCAGUUUCCUGGCUAGACUUAGGACUUCUGGGGGGGAGGGGGGAAAGGGAGGGAGUUAAUUCUGAAAAUUCCUGUUUUCCAUUUGCAGGGCAAAUUGGGGUUUGGGGUGGAAGGAUGUUUUGGAGGCUCCUUGGAAGGAUGGAAACUGAUCUUGGAACUAAAUGAGGUUGGCCUGGAUGGGGAGCAUAGGGGAGGCAAUUCUUUAGUUUUUUUCCGUCACUUUUCUAGUCCUUCACCCUGGAACAAUGUUUCAGGACCUUUGGGUCCUUUUCUCUGUUCCCACAUUUGGCAGGCCAUUACAUUAGCCCAUUCCAAAAGUAUCUCUCUUCUUGUUCUUAGAGGAAGAAGAGAGCACUGGCCAAAUCCAUUUACUGAUAGCAUCUCCCAACUUCAAAUGUGGGAAGUCCUUCUGAAAGUUUGCCCUCCAUCCCACUUGCUUCAAGUUUAGAACCUUUUCCCUACUUCACUUGUCAUCUCCCCUCCUAUCUGUCCAUUUAUCACAGUCCAAAAGGGUCCCUUUUCAGGGCCUGGUAGGUCAUCUCCAGCUCUACCUUUCCACCUUUGCCUUCUUGUGAGAUUCAAGGAAUUGCAAAGUUUCACAUAUACUUUCUCCCCACAUCCAUGCCCACAUUUCCUUUAAAAUAAGCCACCACUACAGUAAGAGGGAUGGAGAUUAAAUUUUUAGAAAGGACUUCCAGAUGAGUAUGAGUGUGGAGGCAUUAGAUGAAAUAAGCUAAGAUCUCUCCAUCUUUAAAGACACCCACAUCCUAAAUGGACUACCAGAGCCAACUGGUACAGAAGCAGGUGAAGGGCUAUAAUAACUUUGCCCACCUUUGGUUUGGCUAUAUCUGUGAAUCUUUAGGUUGGGGCAUCAGAGGAGUGAGCCAGCUUUGGGAAGCAGACAGGUCUUAUCCCCUUAAUCUCAGAAAUAAGCCUUCCCACCCCAACUCCCAAAAUGGGGGCCCUGGCUCAUUUAACCCUUUGAGAAUUACAUCAAGGAGGAAAUUGAUUUCUUUAGUGCUUGCCUCCCCUCAAUCCCCAUUCAAAUCAGGCUAUUUCUCUUCCUUACUCCCCCCACAGGGGGAAUUCCUCCUUCCCAGGAUGGGGUUAGGUGAAGGAGUGGCCUUGUCCCUCCCUGUACCCUGAGAGGGAAGGGAAGGAUGCUGGGUUGCUCCCCAUUACCCAGAUACUCACAUCCCCAUCCCCACCUUCCCAUUUAAUCCAUCCUUCCCACCAGGAACAGAUUUCCCAUCCAUUCUGUGCUCUGUUCUGGGAACCCCCAAUAGUAUGGGAGGGGAGGGUAUUUACUCCCAGGGCAAGGGGAGGGGUGUCUUCCCACUGUAGAAUGUAGAAGUAGGAUUGUGGUCAGACUUAAUUUGAGGCAUCUAGGGAAGAAAAGAUGAAUUCUAAUUUGCGAAGGAAAAAGGAAACAAAUAGGGGUAAAAACCAACCCAUGAAUAAUGGAGUCAGGACGAUGUUGCACAAAAUGCAGAGAAACCAAGAAAGGGGGUGGGGGGUUAGUGUGUUAAAUGUGCUAUUAAGAACUUAAUUUUAUUAAAAUUAUUAUUACUUAAAA